AUGCGGCCCUCCACCCCACUGUCGGCGGCCCUACCCCCGCUAGUAAUGGGCACAGCGACCUUCAACUCGCAAUACAACGCAGACCCCUACGCCCUCCCAACAACAGAGCUUGUGCAGCGCGCCCUGAAGCGCGGAAUUCGCGCCUUCGAUACAUCACCCUACUACGGGCCUGCCGAAGAACUCCUCGGCCGCGCUCUCGCAACCGAUUUUGUGCAAUCCCACUUCCCCCGCGAAUCCUACCACAUCCUCACUAAAGUUGGCCGGGUCGCAUCCUCAACAUUCGAUUACUCCCCAUCAUGGAUCAGACACAGUGUGCGCCGCAGUCUGCACCGCCUACACACUUCUUACUUGGAUGUUGUCUACUGCCACGAUGUGGAAUUUGUCUCACCAGCUGAAGUCCUGACUGCCGUCCGGGAACUUCGUCGCCUCCGUGAUGAAGAGGGGCUGCUGCACUAUGUCGGUAUCUCCGGAUACCCAGUCGAUAUCCUAAGCGAUCUUGCCGAAAUGAUCCUCCGGGAAACAGGCGAGCCGCUCGAUAUCGUUAUGUCGUAUGCGAACUACACACUGCAGAAUACUCGUUUGCGAUCGCUUGCGCUGCCUCGUCUUCUUGCUGCCGGUGUCGAUGUCGUACCGAAUGCUUCCCCGCUGGGUAUGGGAUUGCUUCGUCGUGAUGGUGUGCCGAUUGGAUCAAUGGGCGACUUUCAUCCUGCGCCUGAUGCGCUGCGCAGUGCUAUCAGUGAUGCGGCUGAAUUUGUUGCGCGCCACGGCGAGAAAUUGGAGGUUGUGGCGAUUCGGUUUGCGCUUGAGUCGUGGUUAAGGGCUGGAGCUAAGGCCGGUGCGCUCGGGGCUCCGUUAGCUAAGGCGGCCGAUUCCGACCCAGGAUUCUUGUCUGUUGCCAAUAUGGGUAUUGGGAAGCGACUUGGUGUCAGCGUGAUGGGAGUUAGCAAUAUCGAGGAGCUGGAAGAGACAUUGCGCGUGUGGCACAGUAUUGUGGAUGGACUGGAGAACUGGAAUGAAGAUCAGGAUGAGGAUGAGGAUAUGGAGAGCAGGAUUCAAUUUGCUAGUCCUUGUACUCCCGGUCAGAAUGGAGUUACCGGUGCUGUCCCUUCGUCUGCUACACAUGCGUCCAACAUUCUUACCCCCUCGGAGGGCCUUAUCACCGAUCGCGUGUGGUCGCGGGAGCGUGAGGUUUAUAUUCUGCAGUUGGCGAAGGAGAUAAGGGAUAUUUUGGGUCCUCAGUGGGUGGAUUAUGUGUGGGAUAGUCCGGGUCCCGACUUCCAGAAUUACUUGCCUGAGGAACAUAUUGCUACUUUGCAGAGGAUUGUUGCAGAGGAGGCUGAAGGAAAGGAUGUUUCUGCUGUUGAGCCUAGCGGGUUUGAAAGGGAGGCUAUGCUUACACCACCAUUGGAUGCGGAGAAACAGCUUGCUUAG